AUGUGGACCCCACGACCGAGUCGUCGCGUCGUCUCCUCUGCUCCCGCCACUCUCCUUCUCCGCCUCCUCCUCCUUGCCGGCGCCGCCGACGCCGCGCCGCCGCUCAUAGGCGUUUCCCCCCAAGGUGAACGGGACGCUCGCUCACGCGCCUACCUCCGCACCUCGUUUCUUGAUUUGCUCACUGAGCCGUUUCCCCCAGAUGAGGCGUACUUCGCGACGCAGGUGAUCGCCUGCAGAGACGGCUCGGGCUCCUUCCCGAGGAGCCUGCUCAACGACGGGUACUGCGACUGCGUCGAUGGAACCGAUGAGCCAGGUACUUCAGCUUGUCCAGAAGGCAAGUUUUACUGCAGAAAUAUCGGAGAUACCCCUCGACUGUUGUUCUCUUCGUUUGUGAAUGACAAAAUAUGCGAUUGUUGUGAUGGAAGUGAUGAGUACGAAAGUGGCAUCCAUUGCCAGAACACGUGUAGAAAUAUAAAGGAUAUUGCUGAGGCUGCUGAUGGUGGCAGCGACCUCUCAGUAACACAUUUAGAUGCUACUACUAACGAGUUUAUGGGUAAACAUGCAAUUGCUAUGGAAGACCACAUUAAGAACAACAACAGCAAAGACCUUGUCCAGAAGAUAAGAGGAUUAAGAAUGGCCCUAGUUUUUGAGCUGGGCCUUCUUGUAUGCAUUUUUGCUUUCUGCAUUGCUCGGCGUCGCACUAGAACACGCAGGAGACAGCAUAUUUUGAAACAAUCCAGACCUCCCUGGGGGCGGGAUUGGAACAUGUACAAUGAUUGCGUGAAAUGUGGCUACAGCAAUGUAGUUAUGUAG